AUGGGCAUUGUCUUCGGCAUCAUUCACGAGGAGAUGCCUGAGUACAAGAUGCACGGCACCGUGGGCGGCAUGCAGUGCCGCGAGUAUGCACCCUCCUGGGUCGCAAAGGUGUGUUCCGAUGACUACCCAGAUGCCAAGACGGAGAAGAAGUUCAUGAACGAAGCCUUCUGGACCCUUGCUGGGUACAUCGGUGCCGUGUCGGAGCCAAAGAACCAAUCCAUGAAGACGAGCGACAAGGAGGCGAUUGCAAUGACCGCUCCCGUGGUGAUGUCCAACAACGAGAAGAUCGCAAUGACGGCACCAGUGGUCAUGACCUCCAGCGAGGCCAUUGCCAUGACUGCCCCGGUAGUGAUGACGGAUGACUCGCAGAUGGCUGGCAAGACCAUGAGCUUCGUCCUGCCUUCAAAGUAUCUCAAGAACCAGGAGCAGCCCCCGAAGCCCAUGGAUGGCCGCGUGAAGAUCGAGCAGAUCCCUAGCCGAAUCGCGCUGGUGAGCACCUUCUCGGGCUUCUCCAGCCCUGACCGGGCCAAAGGAAUGGCAAGCAAUCUGAUUGCCCAGGUGAAGGCCGCGUACCCUGGGGUGAAGUUCGUGAUGGAUGAGGCCACGAAUUCUCCCAAGUGG